AUUAAACCACAGGUGCUGAAGUAAUUUUUACGCGAUCUUCGGAAGGUGUUGUCGUUCAUUCAAUAUUGCCGUUCGUGAAUGUUGUUUGAAAAAAAGCAAAAAAAAAAAAAAUAAAAAGAAGAAAUUAAAUAGCGGUCGGCAAACGUUGAUAGGUCGAAACCAACAUAUGAUACCGUUAUACGCAGGAGCGACGUGAAGGAGGGGCAAAAGUUUUAGAUUCGGCGUAAAUGCAUGCCUCGCGUCGUGCAGCAAGCGCAACAUUGAGAGCAGUCUGGACAAAACGAGGAGUGACGAGCCUCGACGAAGGCCCGCUCCGAUCCUCCUCCCAACAGUGCAUUAUAUUGUUUGAGUUGUUCGCAGCGCUCGCACCCUUCGCAAAGAUAAUAAUAAUAAUAAUAAUCGGGUGUAAUUGAUAGAGCUACACAUUAACGAGCGGCCAUCGUCCCACUCGCUCCGCUUGGAGAUAGUAUCGGUCCUUUGAAAAACAACGUCGGACAUCAGUAUGUUGAGGAAAGGAGUCCAGACGAUUUUGGCUUCGCGUUUUCGAGAUUUUGCAACAGCAGCAGGGAGAAGGAGACCAUCGGCAAAAAGAUGUAUGGCGAGUCUGGCGCAUGCCGUGGCGCCGGAAGAGCCGUCGGGCCCGUCGGUGCACUGCAGCAUACCCGGGCCUCAGUCGCAGCAACUUUACCGGGAGCUCAACGACAUCCAGCAGGCCGGUUCGGUUCAGCUGUUCGCCGAUUACGAAAAGUCGGCCGGCAACUACUUGGCCGACGUGGACGGCAACCUGCUGCUCGACGUCUACAUGCAGAUCUCGUCGAUGCCCUUGGGCUACAAUCAUCCGGCCAUGCUGAAGGCGCUCACCGAUCCACACAAUCAAAAAAUGAUCGCUAACAGGCCGGCCCUUGGCGUUUUUCCGAAUCGAGACUGGCCUGAGAAACUCAAGAGCAUUUUGCUGCGCAAAGGGGUAGCCCCACCUGGUUUCUCGCAUAUAACUACCAUGAUGUGCGGUUCGUGCUCCAACGAGAACAGCUUUAAGAAUAUCUUUUUGUGGUACGCUGAAAAACAAAGGCACGGCGCACCGUUUUCCAAGCAAGAAAUGGAGUCUUGCAUGGUGAACCAAGCUCCCGGCUCGCCUCGCUACUCCAUCAUGUCCUUCGAAGGUGCUUUUCACGGCAGGACCUUGGGCUCUCUGUCGACCACGCACAGCAAGUACAUUCACAAAAUCGACGUGCCCGCCUUCGACUGGCCGAUCGCUCCGUUUCCGCGCUACAAGUAUCCUCUCGAGAGCAACGAGCGAGAAAAUCGACAGGAAGACGAGCGAUGCUUGGCCAAAGUCGACGAAUUGUUUGUGCGCUACUCGAAAGAGAAAGAAAUCCCGGUGGCCGGUGUCAUCGUCGAGCCGAUCCAAGCCGAAGGUGGCGACAAUCACGCGUCGCCUGAAUUCUUUCAGAAGCUCCAAAAACUCGUCAAAAAGCACGGGGCUGCCCUGUUGAUCGACGAGGUCCAGACUGGUGGAGGCCCGACUGGAAAGAUGUGGUGUCACGAGCACUUUGAUCUUGAGAAGCCACCGCACGUAGUGACGUUCAGUAAAAAAAUGCAACUCGGAGGAUAUUAUCAUAUCGAAGAAUUGAAACCAAAACAGUCUUAUCGCGUUUUCAACACUUGGAUGGGCGAUCCAAGCAAAUUGAUACUCCUCGAGGCAGUCGUCGAAGUUAUUUUACGAGAAAAAUUGCUGGACCGAGUGACUCAAGUUGGCGAUUACACGCUUGGUCAACUGAAGCAAUUGGAAAAUGAAUUGUCCAGCUCCAUUAAUUCUUCUCGCGGCAGAGGAACUUUUAUCGCUUUCAACUGCGCUAGUUCUGAGCUCAGGGAUGCAACUAUCAAGAAGUUACUCAAAAAAGGUAUUCAAGCUGGGGGUUGCGGUGACAAAGCAAUUCGGCUACGUCCCGCACUCACUUUUACUCAACAGCACGCAGACAUAUUUCUUGACAGUUUACGUGCAGUACUCAAAGAAUAAAUAACUGUCUUUAAAUUAAAUAUACCUAUGUACUCUAGAAUGUGAUGAAAAGUCUUCCAAUACAAAAUAAUAUUGAUAAAUAAGAUGAAAAGACUUCUUUGUUAUUGUUCAUUGGCAUAAAUAGAUUUAUAAUAUAUAUAUUUAAAAAUUAUACGUAUGUGUGUCUUAAACUUCGUUCCAUAAAUUGAAAUAAUUUUUUCAUUCAAAAUAAAAAAUAUAUCAAGGAACACUGUUAAGUAGUACGUUCACUUUUGACAAAAUCUGAAAAAUGGUAAUUUAAAUUCUAAACUGAGACUUAAGCGUUCAGCACUGUAACAGUAUUAACGAUUUUUCUCUCUGUGAUUCACUUUUUUCCGAGAUCCCUGAAAUCUGUAAGUAAAUCGUCAUGUUUGGGACUCUGAAACUGGACGAUAAAUCGUUUUGAAAAUUGAACUUGACAAAAAUCAGACGUAUUUUUAAAAUAUUACGAUUUUUUGUUUUUGUUUUUUCGUUC